CAUUUCUACCUUUUCAUUUGGUAAACCGUACUUAACCUUAAUUUCCAUCCAGGUAGAAGAAACCUCCUUUUUGGAUCUUCAAACUUAAUUUGGAGAGCCCAUAGAAUUUCAUUUUGUGUACCAUAAAUGGCAGAGUUAUACCAUCCGAAGGAAUUCAAUUGAAUCUUUCAUUGGUAAAUUAUACCGUGAAAAUGAGGUAAAAUUAAAACUACAUAUAUACAAAUUGUUAAAUUUCCUUGAAAACAAACACUUUUACCGCAACAGCAAAGGUGGCUCAAAAAUUGUUUUGGUAUCACAAAAGGCAGAGGUUCAUGAUCCAGAGGAAAUCUUACUAAUUUUUUUGCUAGAAAAUCACAUUAUAUUCCACAAAAAGGUCUGGAUCCCAACUGUAACAUUUUUGGUUUUUUUUGGAAUCUCCUUAUUAAAAUUGUUGACACUACGCAAGAUGAGGCUGACCAUAGGCAUAUGUUUCAUGGUUUUGUCCAUGGCAACUCGUGUAAAUAGCUUAGUGGGCAUAACAUGGGGCAGGCAACAAACUCAACAAUUGGUUCCAUCAAUGGUUGUUGAUUUGCUUUUACAAAACAAGAUUCCAGCGUUGAGAUUAAUGACUUCAGGAUAUGAUAUCGUUGAAGUUUUCGCAGACACUAACAUUAGCAUCAGUGUUACUUUGAAUAAUCAAUUCGUGUGGCAAGCAAAUAGGAAAGAACUUGCAUAUGCAUGGAUAAAUGAUCGAAUAAAGGCUCCAAUCAACAAAGGCGUAAAAAUAGUGGAACUAGCUGUCGGGUCUGAACCAUUUUCGAAUACGUUUUACAAAGACAAAAGGUACGAUCAUGUGGUGGGCGUGUUAAGGCUCAUGCGACAAAGUCUUGAUGAGAUGGGUUUAGGUCAUGUCCGAACGACGACUGGCCAUGGCAUGGACGUGCUAAAGGUCACGAAAUUUCCGUCUGAGGCCGACUUUCGCGAUAACAUAAAAGGACCAAUGCUUGAUUUGCUAUAUGAGUUCAAUAAAACCGGAACCCCCUUUCUUAUCUACAUGUUCCCGAUCCAUUUCGUUAAAGACGUACUGAAUUACACCAUGGAAUUUGCAUUCUUGGAUAACAAGAGUGGGUUUAAGAUACAAGAUGAUAAUGCUACAUACACGAACGCGGUGGAGUUUAUGAUCGAUUCCCUUGCAUGGGCAAUAAAGAAAGCGGGAUAUCCCAAAAUGAAAAUUAUGGUUGGUCAAAUUGGAUGGCCUACGGAUGGGUAUCCACAUGCCACUGCUAAAAAUGCAGAGAGAUUUCACAAGGGGCUAUUGAAAUUUUUAGCAUCAAACAAAGGGACACCACUUAGACCAGGGCCUAUACACAUGUUUCUCCACAGCUUGACUGAUGAGAAUUUGUGUAAUACGACAUUUGGUGCAUUCCAAAGGCAUUGGGGCAUUUACCAGUCAAAUGGGAAUCCAAAGUACAAGAUUGAUUUCUCACUACAGGACCGCGACGAUUAUCCUACACAAGCUAAGGGCAUAGUGAAAAUGCCAAGUCGAUGGUGCAAGUUCAAUGGGGACAAAUCAAACAUGAAUUUGGUGAAUAAGAAUUAUUAUCUUGCAUGCAAAGAAGCAGAUUGUACAGUACUGGAAAAGGGAGCUUCGUGUGGUGGAAUAAGUUCUGAGUCCAAGGUUUCAUAUGCUUUUAAUGCAUAUUUCCAAAAGUACAAACAAGAUAUAGAUCAUUGUGAUUUUGAAGGUUUGGGUGAAAUUGUCUCAACAAAUCCCUCUACAAAAAAUUGUGAGUUUCCCGUUGAGAUAUUGGCAUUCCAAGAUGUACUUUCAAACGGUAUGGUUUUGAGAAUUUGAAGAACAAAUAGAAAAAGAAUUGUACAUUUCAUCAGGUCAAUUUUACCUGUUAUUGUAGCAUGUAUUUUCUUUUUGAGGUUUCAAAGUUUACUUGUAAAUAUAUUUUGUAUGACCUGAUGAAUAUAAAGACUAUUGGUUGAA